CAAAAUGGACAACUUAAUUUGGGUGCUGUCUCUUGCUUUCAAAAUUACUUUUUUGACAGGGCAAGGAGGUGUCUGCUCAGAAAUUAUUGGGGGUCAUGAGGUUCAGCCUCAUUCUAGAACGUACAUGGUAUCUAUCCAAGUGAACAAACAACAUAUUUGUGGAGGAGCUUUGAUCGCACCAAGAUGGGUACUGACUGCAGCACACUGUGAAGUAUUUUGGAAAAAUAGGAAGAUUGAAGUGAUACUUGGAGCUCAUUCACUUUUGAAGAGACAAGAAGAGAGACAACAGGUGUUGGGAGUCAAGAAGUGUUUCCCUCAUCCACAAUUUAAUUUGAAAAGAAAAGAAGAUGAUAUUAUGCUGGUUCAGUUGGCCCAUGAGGCUAUUUUGAACAAGAAUGUGUCAACACUGGAGCUGCCUAAAUCAACGGGAGAUGUCAAAGCUGGAACCAAGUGCAGUGUUGCAGGAUGGGGAGCGACAGAUCCUAAAGUUCUGAAAGUAUCUGAUACCCUGAGGGAAGUAACUAUAACUGUCAUUGGCAGGAAGCGAUGCAACAGUAAAAAAUACUAUAAUUAUGAUCCCUUCAUAACAAAAGAUAUGUUAUGCGCUGGUGAUGAGAAAGCUAGGAAAGAUUCAUGUAAGUGGGAUUCUGGUGGUCCACUCAUGUGCAGGACCAACAUGUUCAGAAGAAAAUAUAUAUACAGAGGCAUCGUUUCAGCAGGAGAUUGUGCAAAUCCUAAAAAACCCGGCAUUUAUACUCGUUUAUCUGAAAGAUUCCUGAAUUGGAUAAACAAGAUCAUGGCAGUUUAAACUCACAAUAUAUCAAUAAAUUGAGUUUAUUUUUGAAAAGCAAUGUUUCUCCCCCCGCCCACUCAUGGCUCUAGUUUGCUCAAAUAAACUAUCUUUUGAUGUUUAAAAAUUUUCACAUGUAAUCUUCACAUAAUUAAUUUUCUAUGAAUAUCCACUAUUGAAUAUUUUAAAAUGGAAUAAUGUAAACACAAUGAUCUGCAAAAUAAGAUUUGUCAUUUUUUUUCUGAAUAAGCCACUGUACUGUUUUGAGUUUGGCUAAUCUGUUAUGAACAAUUCGAUUUUCUGAGGCCAGACACUCAUACUUUUGAUGCCUGUUAGAUUUUGCUUGAUUUAUUUCCUGAUAUUAAAGGACUAUUUUUUGUCCAUCUACCAACCUCCAGGGGUGCUGCACCUGAUGCCCCUGACUAAUGACCAUUAGGUUUUCUUAGAGUAGCAGAGUCAAUAGAUUGAAUUUAAUGGUCACAGUUAGGAGCCCACCUACCAAAAGAAAUACAGGUGGCAACCCUUCCACUGCCAUUUUUGGGGGGCCCCAAUGUGAUUUAGUCUCAAUCGUGCAUUUAUCUGCCCAGCAUCAGAAUUCCUGGUGCCUGUAAGGGGAAUUUCCCCUAGAAAUCCUGGUGCGAAGUGGAUUGACUGAUCCCAAGAGCUGCCAACAAUUAAAUGAGAGGCUAGCAGUUCUCCAGUACUGGCAGUGCCACAGGAAGCGGCAGCCUCAGCUGGUACUGUGGUGCAUGCUACACCAGGGAUCGACAAUGGAUCUCAAGGAAAAGGUGAGUGGGGCGGGUUUGCUGGAGUGAGUUGGAGAGGCCGCAAUGAUGGAGGAAUGGAGCUUGAUUUAAAUGGCAGAGGAGAGUCUUAUGUCAGGUCCCUCCAUUCCUGCUGGUGGAUGCCUGCAUCAGGCAUGAGGUGUCUAGCAAGGAGGUCCCAUCACCAACCCCUCCACCAUCCCCCACCAGGCCCCAGGCCUAGCUGCCAGGGUAUUCCCUGCAGGGUGAAGACCUUAAUGGCUUCAAUUGGUCUCAGGGUGGGAAGGCCAUUCUCUGCUUUCCUGCCCUGGACUAAAUUGGAGGAAGGUGGCAAGGCAAUGGGGUCUCGACCCCAUACCUUCCAGCCUAAAAAUAUGGCCGCCCGAACUCCAAAGCACCUCUGGGCAGACAUUAAAUUCCAUGCUUAGAGUCAUUACACUAGAAAAUGAGGCCAUCUGCCCCAUUGAGUCCAUUACAGCUCUCUAUAGAGCAAUCUAUUUGGUUCUAUUUCCCUGGUCUAUCCCCACAGCCCUGCAAUUUUAUUUCCCUCAAGUGCGCAUUUAAUUUCCUUUUGAAAUCCUUCCCUGCCUCCGCUUCCACCACUCAAGUAGGCAGUAAAUUCCAAGUCAGUUCCAAGUUAUACCACUCAUUGCACAUAAAAGUCCUUCCUCACAUCGUCUCUGCAUUCCCACCCAGAGCUUUAACCUGUGUCUCCUAGUCCUUGUACCAUCAAAUAAAAUGAACAGCUUUUCCUUGUCCAUCUUACCUAAACCUGUCAUAACCUUGCACACCUCUAUCAAGUUUCCCCUCAUUCUCUUCUGCUCAAAGGAGAAAAAGACCAGUUUCUCCAACCUAACUUUGUAACUGACUUCCCUCAUCACCCUGUGAACCAUUCUAAAACAUCAUCUCUCCUCUCACAUCCUUCCUGAAGUAAAGUGACCAGAUUUGGACACAGUUCAUUAGUUGCAGCCUAACUAGAGAUCCAUUACAAUUUAACAUAACUUUUCCACUUUUGUACUCAAUACCUCUACUAAUGAAGCCCAAGAUUCCAUAUGCUUUUCUAACUGUUCCCUAAGUAUGUUAUGCCAUCUUCAAAGAGUUAUGCACAUGCACCCUGUCAUGAAGCUAUUAAUGUAUAUAAUAUUUUGGAAAAUAUUUUUCUUUUCAAAUAGAGGUUUAGUCAGCGGGUGUUUCUUGAUUAGAUUAGAGUCAGCUAGUCUGGGUGCUUUGAUAUGUAUUAGUUUGAACAGAGAGGUAGAGUGUAUUUGCAUUUUUUGAAUAGACCGUUCAAGAAGUGGGGUGAAAUAUUGACGCCUUUCUAGCAGCUACUAAGUAUGUUGUUUAUAUUACCAAUAAAAUUUGGUACAAUGAA